AUGUCCGCAGAAGAGCUUCAUUGUGAAGAGCACUUCCAUCAGCACUACAGUAGGUUGCCUACGGGGGAAUACUCUGUUCAUCUGCCGAUGAAGCGUGAUGUAGGUCUGUUAGGCGAUUCGUAUUUGCAAGCCAAAAGGCAAUUUGAGAAUCUUGAGAGCAAGUUUAGUCGAAGUCCAAAGGUUAAGGACCAAUACGCAGCAUUCAUUAAGGAACAUUUGGACCUCAAGCAAAUGUCGUCCGUGCCUAGCUCGCAAGUACAUGAGUGUAAAUCCUUCUUGCCGCCCCAUUGCAUACUGAAAGAGGAGAGUUCGUCCACAAAGUUAAGGGUCGUGUUCGAUGGCUCAGCAGUGACGUCGUCUGGAUUCUCGUUAAAUGAGCUCCUAAUGUCAGGGCCCACAAUUCAGGCGAAGCUCUUUACCACUCUAGUGCGUUUUCGUACAUUUGCUAUUGGAAUUACCGGAGAAAUUUGUAAGAUGUACCGAUGUGUGCGCGUGGCAGAGCCACAGUGUAUUUUGUGGCGUGAUUCACCCAAAGAUGACAUCCAAGUUUUCAAGCUGGACACGGUCACGUAUGGCACCAAGUCUGCUUCAAUUUUGGCCAUUCGUGCAAUGCAACAACUCGCCAUGGAUAAGUUUUCGUCGUAUCCAUUGGGCUCGAAAGUCGUUUUACAGGACUUCUAUGUUGAUGACAGGAGGCGAUGCGGUUGA